AUGGCACCAUUAACCAAACCAACCAAUUCUAAACUCCUUCCUGAUCUUGCAGAAGGAUCUCCUCAAAAACCUGUUUUGAUUUUAGCAGUCGAAGACCUUUUGAUUCAUACUUAUUACACACCACGUACAGGUUGGAAAACACAAAAACGUCCUGGAUUGGAUAAUUUCCUCAAGACAAUUAGUCAAUACUAUGAAUUGGUAUUUUUCAGUGAAAAUUAUAUGACAUCUGUUCAACAAAUUAUUGAAAGACUUGAUCCAAAUCAAUAUGCUCACAAACUCUUCAAGGAUUCUACAACUAUGGAGAAUGGUAAAACUAUUAAGGAUCUGUCAUUGAUGAACAGACCUAUCGAAAGGAUUGUUUUGAUUGACCACCGUGCUGAAGCCUAUAGUAAGCAACCUGAAAAUACACUUGUUGUUGAGCCAUGGAAAGGAGAUACAUCCGACAGAUUACUGACAGAUUUAGUACCAUUCUUGGAGCUUGUAGCCAGUAAAUCUGGUAAAAUUGAUGUGAGGACAAUUUUAAAUGAAUACGGAAACAGAGACAAACCAGCACAACAAAUAGCUCGUGAUUUUAUUACAAAAUUACAAAACAUUAAGAAAGCUCAACAACAACAACAACCUGUUGAAGACAAGAAACAAGCUUCUGGUGGCUGGUUCGGAUUUAGAAAAUAA